UUCCUUUCUUUUCUCGCCUCCGAAUCCGAAAGAAAGCCCUAAUCCCAAAUUAGAAAAAUUUCCCAAUUUACUCAAAACCCUAAAAGGCUUCUAAGCUCUCUCUCUCUCUCUCUCAAAAUUCCCAAAUCAAGAAGGCGAGCCCUCCAAAAGAGCUCGCCUUUUUUGACAAACAUGCCUCAGUUCUCUCCCCUCUUCUUCAUCAUCAUCAUCGUCGUCUUCAUCUCCAUCCCCACCGUCCGAUCCGACUUCGACUCCUCAACCAUCCGAUUACACUCCGAAGACGCCGCCGAUCUCUGCGGCGGAGGAGGAGGAGGAGGAGAAGGACCCGUGGCCGCGUCCUGCCCCGUCAACUGCUUCCGGACCGAUCCCGUCUGCGGCGUCGACGGCGUCACCUAUUGGUGCGGCUGCGCCGACGCCCUCUGCGCCGGCGUCAAGGUCGCCAAGUUGGGAUUCUGCGAGGUCGGCAAUGGUGGCCCCGGCCAGGCCCUCCUUCUUGUCCACAUUGUCUGGCUCAUUGUGCUUGCCUUCUCUGUACUUUUUGGCCUUUUCUGAUUGAUUGCUCAGGUUUCUUUUUGGAGAGGACAGAGGCAUUUGCUCUUUUGGGUUUCUUUGUUUUGUUCUGUAUGUAAUAUGAGGCUCCUAUUCUUUAUCUUGAAUAUAUAUAAAGCUCCGAUUAUUUGUUUUGUUCA